AUGAUCACUGAAGAAGCCCUACCAACUUACCAGACAAUGCUUAACACCCUUGAUGGCGUGAGAGAUGAGACUGGGGCUAGCCUAACUUCUUGGGCGAUGUGGACUCGGGCAUGGACUGCUGAGGAGAACCGGCACGGUGACCUACUCAACAAGUAUCUCUACCUUUCCGGAAGAGUCGAUAUGAAGAAGAUUGAGAAGACAAUUCAGUAUCUGAUUGGGUCUGGAAUGGUAUGUGAUUUACAUGGAUAA